AUGUAUUUGUUUACAAUCCAAAUCAAAUACCUUAUUGCCCUGACACUACUCCGUCAAAAGCGCCGCUUUUUUGUCUCAAAUCGUCUUAUGAAGAUAGCACAACAGUUUUCCGAUCGAAGGAAUGUACAGCCAAGCCGUGUUAAGAAAGUUGACUCUUGCAUCCAAAAAUUAAAGGCAGCCUUAGAGUUUGGCGUGUUCAACUCAAAAACAACUUUGCUGAGUUUUUCACAUUGUGCUUUCCAAUUUUUGUUCAAGUACCCGGUGGAACAAAUAUUCAGAUCGAUCAGUUACGCCCUACUGGACACAGCUACUCGGGAGUACCUCUUUCUGGGAGAUUUCUUCCUACAUGGCUUCUGUUCACCGGCGACUGGACCAGAGGCCUCGGAGGGUGGAGAUGAAGACAAGCCUAGUCCACCCUCUCCCAGCCGCACUUCUGAUCCACCUCACAGUGGUGUCGAAGCUGCAGCUUCCCUCUUCAACAAACUCUUCGCCAGAACUCUGAACAUGCUAGAGACUAGCGUGAUACCCCAACUUGUCGCGACCGGUGCCUACGAUCUCCUCGGCCUGAUGCUUUGCGUUCAGUUGGUGCACGCCAUGAUCACUCUGGGUGCAGAACGCCGGGCUCCUGUUCUAACACCCUUGGAUGCCUCGCAGUUCAGCCAGGCUGCAGCAACUUACCUGCCGCGGUCCAACCGUGGUGGCAUUAAUGAGGCUGCUGCCAUCAAUCUUACACCCCGCGCUUACUGCCUUAUUCGACCGCAUCCUGUAGCUCGGCGCUAUGCUGAGUUGGCAGCCAGUCUUCACAGCAUUGGACAGGCCCCUCUGAAGGAUUCAAAUGCUUCGGAGGCUUCUAAUGCUUCCGUUUCUGCACCUUCGCCCCCUGCGUCCGCAUCAACGUCGGCGGGCACCGGUGGUGCGGCUGAGCGCUCGCAGCUUUCUGUAUCCACUCAACUGGAUGCGCGCAUAGUCCUCUCCCUCUCGCGCAUGCACGUGGAAUUUGAGGCCGCCUGCUACCGACUGGCCAAAACCUUACCUCGCGAAAGACUUCGCCUGAUUUUCCUCAUUAACAACUUUGAUCUCGUCAUCAGUGUCCUAUCUGAGAAAGGGGCAGGUAACUGUCCUGAGGUGCAGCGGUGUCGAGAGGUUAUUGCGACACACACCAGUGCCUACAUCGACCAGGCAUUGUUGCCCUACUUUGGCAGCAUGAUUAGUUUUAUCAGCGCCGUGGAGAAUCGUCAACCCGGACGUGUGACUCACAUCGUGAAGGGCUUCAACAUUGAUUGGAAAAAUUCAAUCGAGAAAAUAAACGGAGAAAUCAUGCUUGAAUUCGCAAACUUCACCCUGGGCACGCAAAUCUUUCAGGCCCUGCUUGCACAGUUGGUGCAAGUUUAUAGCCGGUUUCAGAAUGUCAUGGCUCUACCUCCCUAUAACACUAUGCCGGUGCGGAAUCAGCUUGUCAGUAUCCAUCAGAUAAUGAAUGAAAUUAAACGGUUCAAAUCGACCUUCUGA